CAUGGUUCACUUCACAGCUGAGGAGAAGGCAGCUAUCACAAGCAUAUGGGAUAAAGUGGACUUGGAAAAAGCUGGAGGAGAAACCCUGGGAAGGCUCCUGAUUGUCUACCCAUGGACUCAGAGAUUCUUUGAAAAAUUCGGAAACCUCUCUUCUGCCCAAGCCAUCAUGGGUAACCCUAGGAUCAGAGCCCAUGGCAAGAAAGUGCUGACAUCCCUAGGUUUGGCUGUUCAGAACAUGGACAACCUCAAGGAGACUUUUGCUCAUUUGAGUGAGCUUCACUGUGACAAGCUUCAUGUGGAUCCUGAGAACUUCAAGCUCCUGGGCAACAUGCUGGUGAUUGUUCUGUCUUCUCAUCUUGGCAAGGAAUUCACUGCCGAGGUGCAGGCUGCCUGGCAGAAGCUGGUGGCUGCGGUGGCCAAUGCUCUGUCCCUCAAAUACCACUAAGCCCUCUUUCCUGAUGACCAGCACUGCUGUGUACCCCUCAUCCCCAUCCUACACAAGACCACUGUGCUCAAAUUUGAAACCAGAAUUUCUGUUUAAUAAAGUCUAUUCUUUUCAGUAA